UCAGUGGUUGCCGCCCUUGUCACACGCACUGUCUUCAGCCGCUUCUUGGCAGGUACUGGCGUUCUUGUCAUGAUGUCUUUCUGUUUUGGUGACACUUAGGUGGACCAGGGAAGAAACCAGCGGACUAGGAGAGGGAGGGAAAGAAGCUAAGCUGGGAGGCGUGUGCACCCCAGAACCAUGUCUGUGCGGGAGUCCUUUAACCCGGAAACUUACGAAUUGGACAAAGGCUUCCGGCUAACCAGAUUCACCGAACUGAAGGGCACAGGCUGCAAAGUGCCCCAAGAUGUCUUGCAGAAACUUCUGGAAUCCUUACAAGAGAACCACUUCCAAGAAGAUGAACAGUUUCUGGGGGCAGUGAUGCCUAGGCUGGGCAUUGGGAUGGAUACUUGUGUCAUUCCUCUGCGGCACGGGGGUCUGUCCUUGGUUCAGACCACGGAUUAUAUUUACCCUAUCGUCGACGACCCUUACAUGAUGGGCAGGAUAGCGUGUGCCAACGUCCUCAGCGAUCUGUACGCAAUGGGGGUCACCGAGUGCGACAACAUGCUGAUGCUGCUCGGGAUCAGUAACAAAAUGACUGACAGGGAAAGGGAUAAAGUGAUGCCCCUAAUUAUACAGGGUUUCAAAGAUGCAGCAGAGGAAGCAGGGACAUCUGUGACGGGCGGCCAAACAGUGUUAAACCCCUGGAUUGUCCUGGGAGGAGUCGCUACCACCGUCUGCCAGCCCAACGAAUUCAUCAUGCCGGAUAAUGCCGUGCCCGGAGAUGUGCUUGUGUUGACGAAGCCCCUGGGGACGCAGGUGGCGGUCGCGGUGCACCAGUGGCUGGAUAUUCCUGAGAAAUGGAACAAAAUUAAACUAGUGGUUACCCAAGAAGAUGUGGAGUUGGCAUACCAAGAGGCAAUGAUGAACAUGGCAAGGCUCAACAGGACAGCUGCAGGACUCAUGCACACGUUCAACGCUCAUGCAGCCACCGACAUCACCGGCUUUGGGAUUUUGGGCCAUGCACAGAACCUGGCCAAGCAGCAGAGGAACGAAGUUUCAUUUGUGAUCCACAACCUCCCUGUCCUGGCCAAGAUGGCGGCCGUGAGCAAGGCCUGUGGGAACAUGUUUGGCCUCAUGCACGGGACCUGCCCGGAGACAUCAGGAGGCCUCCUGAUCUGCCUGCCCCGGGAGCAAGCCGCUCGGUUCUGUGCAGAGAUCAAGUCCCCCAAAUAUGGGGAAGGGCACCAGGCAUGGAUUAUUGGGAUUGUAGAGAAGGGCAACCGCACGGCCAGGAUCAUAGACAAACCCCGGAUCAUUGAAGUCGCCCCGCAGGUGGCCACACAGAACGUGAACCCCACGCCCGGUGCCACCUCCUAAUUCAGACAUCAAGCACGAUUUGCUUUUGUUUUUAAAUAGCGUUAUUCCUUUAUCACCACUUCAAUUAAAGACUGUAAACGACAACAAUCUCAUUGUGUCUACACAGCUGGUGACCUUAGGCCGAUUUGUGAGCGGAUGCAGUUACUAAAAUAAAGUCCAUGGCCUUCUUCCUGUUACAUUAGCUGGAGAUGCAGCUGGGCCGAGAAUUAUAUUGUUAUCCAAUACUGUUGAUUCAUUUUGAAUCUUUCGACACUUGCCGCAUAGGCUCUUUUUAAAGGUGCUUCCACAUAGCACAGGCAUUACCAAGCGUAGUGUCAACUAGCAGUUUGUGUCUUUUCACGUUGUGUAUAUUUAUCAUCCGAAGUCUGGCUUUUUUUUUUUUUUUUAACUGUCUGGAAGGAUAUUCUGGGAAGACAGCAUUGGUAAGCAACACAAUGGUAUCCCGGUGGUAAGAGGGCUGCAUGAGUCCUUUCAGUCUGUGAUCUGUAAAGCCUAGACUUUAAUCAUUCAAAAGCAUCUCUCUGAGCCGGGGCGAGACGCACCAGUGCAUCAGUCCGCCCGGCCAGUGUUUCGCUGCAUGGGAAGCACUGGGAAGACCACACACGAAAUUGUGCUGCUUUUUCUGUAGCCUUCCUGAUACGUAACAGUAAUAUCAUGAACCGUUUUCUUUACUGAUAGGGAAACAAAAGGAUACUUUUUGCAAUGUAAUUAGAUGUUCUAUAGUACAACAAGGAAUUUGCCUCCCAAAAGGGAGCAUGUGUAUAAUACUCAUUCACAAUCCAAAAUAUAAUUAACUACACGAAUCAUUUUAAAAUUUAAUCCAUAAUAAAGACUGUUCUGUGGAUGGUAGUGUUUAAUACAUUUUAUAUUUUGUAUAGUGAUUUCAGGCCCUUGAUUUUUUUAAACAGCCGACUGCAACUUAGCCGUCAUCUGAGCAUUAUCUCGUCCUUUGCACCACCCCUUUUCUUUCCUUUUUCUUUUUGUGCACGCUUUUUUGGUGAUAUGUGUUAAAAAUCUGCAUUGCCAACAUUUGCAGUUCAACCUUGUUAUUCAAAUAAAUAUUUAAUUUUUUUUAUUGCUCUUGUAUAAUCAGAUGCCCCCUUUUUAGUAUUAUUUUAGAAGCGUCGGGAGGGUUUUGCCUAAAGUACAAUUUAUUGGGGAAGCUAGAUUUUAGUUUUAUAAAACUUUUAAGUCUUUCUUGGGACCUAUAUUUUCUUGAAUUAAAUUUUGUAGCUCUAGAAUAGGCGAUCGAAGAAGGUGUUUAUCUGUGUUACUUAAAAAAACAGAGGCUUCCUUAUAUUUCCACCUGCUAAGCACAAGUGCACUGGCUCCCCAGUGCGUCUGCAGCAGAGAAAAAGCACCAUGUCUACAAAGCUCCGAAUGCUUCCUGCGCCCAGGCAGCUCCGGAGCCCCGUCGCCGCCCCUUGGAAGAUGGAGCUCCUGGAAGAGGCUUUAACUGGGACGCCCCACCUUUGCGAAGCCUGCGCAGACUUUACAACACACGUGUAACUGCGACUCAAGCCAUACAUACCUACACACACAAGAGGCUGCUACGGAACUGAAACUCGUUGGACAUUUUAUAGGAAUUUAUACGGUUGUUGAUCCUCCAAAGCUACAACCCAGUGGUCUGCAAAAUAAAAAUGUGUUGGAAACCUCUGA